CCUCCCCUUCCCCUCCCGGACCCGCGAUCCGCCGAGGUUGCCCGGAACCGGCGUCGGCGGGGCGAUGGGGCUGCGCGGCGGGGCGAGGCCGGCGGCUCGGUCCGGGCAGCGGCGUCCUCGGGAGCAGCGGCGUCGGCACUGGCACUGGCGGCGCUGAGCGGGACCGGCGAGCCGAGCGGCGGCUGGAGGGCCAACCAGCCAUGGGUUCCGUGGGGGGCGAGCACUUCAAGGACCUCAGCCCCGUGGUGACUCCCGAGGGGAACGUAGUGAUGAGCUUCAGCUUUGACAGCUACCAGCUGGAGGAAGAGGAGCUUCAGGCCAAAGGCUGCCAGGCCAAAGGAGUCCUCACCUUCAUGGAACCAGUCUGCGAAGACCCUGAGCCCCAGGAUCGCUACCAUGGGAUCUACUUCGCCAUGCUGCUAGCAGGGGUCGGUUUCCUCUUGCCUUACAAUAGCUUUAUCACAGACGUGGACUAUCUCCAUCACAAAUACCCAGGGACCUCUAUCGUGUUUGAUAUGAGCCUUACCUACAUCUUGGUCGCCUUGGCAGCCGUCAUCCUCAACAACGCGCUGGUGGAAAUGUUGAGCCUCCACACCAGGAUCGCGGUGGGGUACCUGUUUGCCUUGGGCCCCCUCCUCUUCGUCAGCAUCUGUGACGUCUGGCUGGACCUCUUCACCCAGGCGCAAGCUUACGCCAUCAACCUCAUUGCCGUGGGCGUGGUGGCCUUUGGUUGCACAGUGCAGCAAUCCAGCUUUUAUGGCUACACCGGGAUGUUACCAAAGCGCUACACCCAGGGGGUGAUGACCGGCGAGAGCACCGCCGGGGUCAUCAUUUCGCUGAGCCGCAUCUUCACCAAACUCCUCCUGUCGGACGAGAAGGAGAACACCAUCAUCUUCUUCUUCAUCUCCAUCACCCUCGAGCUCCUCUGCUUCAUCCUCCACCUCCUGGUGAAGCAGACACACUUUGUGAAGUACUACACGGCCCGCUCUCGGGACAGGGGGGCCCCUGAGUGCAGGGGGGCUGGGGGCCAUGGCUCCGGGUACAGGGUCCACCACGACGUCACGGCUGAAGACAUCCGAUUUGAGAACCGGCCGGGUGGGCAAGAGGCCUCCCCCCCAGAAGCCUUUGGGCAGGAGGGGGAGCUGGCUGGCGGCGGAGGCACCUAUGUGAGAUUUGACGUCCCUCGGGCCAAAUUUCAGAGGAGCUGGCCGAGCUUCAGAGACAUGAUGCUCCACCGAUACAUCGUCUCGAGAGUCAUCUGGGCGUACAUGCUCUCCAUCGCGAUGACGUACUUCAUCACGCUGUGCCUCUUCCCCGGACUGGAGUCGGAAAUCCGGAACUGCACCCUCGGGGAGUGGCUUCCCAUUCUCAUCAUGGCCAUCUUCAACCUCUCCGACUUUGUGGGCAAGAUCCUGGCUGCCUUGCCUUACGACUGGAGGGGCACACACCUCCUCAUCUAUUCCUGCCUGAGGGUCGUCUUCAUCCCGCUCUUCAUCAUGUGCGUCUACCCCAAUGGGAAGCCCACCUUCGGCCACCCGGCCUGGCCCUGCAUCUUCUCCCUCCUGAUGGGCAUCACCAACGGCUACUUUGGCAGCGUGCCCAUGAUCCUGGCAGCAGGCAAAGUGAGCCCCGAGCAGCGGGAGCUGGCAGGUAACACCAUGACCGUCUCCUACAUGUCGGGCUUGACUCUGGGCUCGGCCGUGGCCUAUUUCGCUUACAGCCUCACGAGCCUGUCCCACAGCACCUGCUUCCGCACUGAGACCUACAACAGCUCCAUCACGCCAGGGUAUUGAGCGGAGG